AGUGAAUGGCAAUUCCAGUUUUGUUGUCAUUGCUAAUCACUUUGCAUUUCGCUUGGAGUUCAAAGGUUUGAUAAUCGGAUCGCAUCGGAUUGGGAACAUGAAAGUGCAGGACAUGGACAAAUGUGCUCCCAGCAGCGACUGGAACGUGCUUUACUGGGUGCUCGGCACGAUCCUGAUGCCGGUGGCUCUUCCACUGGCCCUCAUUAACAUUUGGCAGCGGUUCCAGGCCCAAAAAUACCGGAAUCAAUUGCCCGGAAAGGUUGUGCUCAUCACGGGCGCCAGUUCGGGCCUGGGCGAAUCCUUGGCCCACGUCUUUUACCGCGCUGGAUGCAGGGUCAUUUUGGCGGCACGUCGCACUCAGGAGUUGGAACGGGUUAAAAAGGACCUCCUCGCACUGGAUGUGGAUCCCGCUUAUCCACCGACUGUGCUUCCCCUGGAUCUGGCCGAACUGAAUUCCAUUCCAGAAUUUGUCAACCGGGUGCUGGGCGUGUACAAUCAGGUGGACAUACUCAUCAACAAUGGAGGGAUCAGCGUGAGAGCGGAUGUGGCAUCCACGGCAGUGGAUGUGGAUCUCAAGGUGAUGGUGGUUAACUAUUUUGGCAGCGUCGCUUUAACGAAAGCUCUGCUACCUUCGAUGGUGAAGCGUGGUAGUGGUCACAUCUGCUUCAUUAGCUCCGUUCAGGGUAAAUUUGCUAUCCCCCAGAGAGCUGCCUAUUCCGCCUCGAAACAUGCCAUGCAGGCCUUUGCCGAUUCGCUGCGAGCCGAGGUGGCAAAUAAGAACAUAAACGUGUCCUGCGUGAGUCCUGGCUACAUACGCACCCAGCUCUCCUUAAAUGCUUUGACGGGAUCGGGAAGCAGCUAUGGCAAAAUGGAUGAAACUACGGCCAAAGGCAUGUCGCCCGAUAAACUAGCAGAACGCAUUCUGCAAUGCAUUCUUCGCAAGGAACCGGAAAUUAUUGUCAGCGAGUUCCAGGCCAAGGUUGCCUAUUACCUCCGUCACCUUUGCCCGAGUCUCUACUUCUGGAUCAUGGCCAAGCGCGCCAUCAAACUGGAGAAAGCUGAGAAAAAGUCUACUUAGGCCUAGAGCAUGUUAAGUCAAACGUCCUUAAUUAUUAGUUUCAUUUUUAUUGUUAAUUGAAUUUCGCUUAAAAUGAGGAAAUUAUAAAGUAUCGCAUAUGUGUGUGUUCGGGUUAAAAAUGAGUUACAUUCGUGUUAUUGCCUAACGAUAAGAUUAAUAAAUAAAGUAUUGUAGUAAUCGUAACAUAAAGUACAA